GAUUUGAGAGAGACGAGAAAAACAGAGAGGAGGCAGCAGCGCAGCCGCCGGCCGCCGUGCUCCUCCUCGGCCGCCGCUCCCGCGCUCUCCGACGCCGUGGCUGCCCGCCAAAUGCUUCGCAGCUGCCAUCUCCUCCUCGGCGGCGGCAGCCCGCCCAUAACGCCGGCCUCGUGCUGCCAUCUCCCUCUGGCGCAUUUCCUCAAACACCUGCUGGGCAGCCAUGCCGGCCUCUCCCACGCCGUGGCAGACCCGUGCUCCCUCACGCUCCACUUCCUCCGCAACUCCUGCGGCCUCUCGGAGCCCGCCGCCGCCAAGAUCGCCGCGCGCGUCCACCUUCGCUCCACCAAGAAGGCGCACGCCGUCCUCGCCCUCUUCCGCGGCCUCGGCCUGGCGGGCGCCGACCUCGCCCGCGUCGUGGCCGCCGCUCCGGAGAUGCUCAACUACCGCGCCGACGCCAUCCUCGCGCCCAAGGUCGAUUUCUUCCGCCGGGACCUGGGCCUCACGGACGACAACAUCCGCAAGAUCAUCCUCGCCAACCCAUACCGCUCCCUCUGCUUCAGCCUCGAGCGCCGCCUCCGCCCAAACUACCUCCUCCUCAGGGAACUCCUCGGCACCGACCAGAACGUGCACGACGCCGUCAAGAACUGCUUGGAGCUCAUCCACGGCAACAUCCGCUCCGACCUGCUCCCCAAGGUCAAGGUCCUACGCGAUCAUGGCGCCACGGACGCUGUCAUCGUCAAGCUGGUCACCACGCACCCCAGGUCGCUCAUUCACAGGUCCUCCUCCUUCAGUGAGAGCUUGGCUGCCAUGAAAGAGCUUGGGGUCAGCCCGUCCUCUGGUAUCUUCCCUUACGCCUUUGGGCUAUUUGCCAGGCUGCAUCCGGUGACCUGGAAACGCAGGAUCAACAAUUAUCUCAGCUUGGGGUGGACAGAGGAGCUGGUGAAGCAGGCCUUUGUCAGGCACCCCUACUGCAUGUCUGUAUCUGAUGACAAAGUGAGGCGUAUAUCGCACUUCUUUGCCGAUAAGCUUGGAUGGAGCCCAGAGUAUGUUUCGGCUAGCCCGAUGCUUAUCUCGCUCAGUUACGAGAAGCGGCUCCUACCAAGGUACCGGGUGCUAGACAUAUUGGUGUCAAGGGGUGUCAUCAGGCGCAUCCGAAUAAGCCACUUGAUACUGGGGGAGAAGAAGUUCAUGGAGAAGUAUGUCACUGGUUACCAGCGAACGAUCCCUGAAGUACUGGAAGCUUAUAGAGGAGCUGGGACAGACAGCGCUGUGGCUGUGAAAUAGCUGGAAGAUGCCGCCGCGCUCUACCCUGCACAAAGAACUGCAGGCUCUGUCAGAAAAGACCGUGCUGAUCCAUUGUCCUAUGAUUUGUCAUAUGGAUCGGAGGGGGUAGCAGAUAUGAUGAUAUAAUUUAACUGUCUGUUAAAAUCCUACUCCCUCCGUAAAGGAAUAUUAGAGCAUUUACAUCACUAAAAUAGUGUUUUAAAUGCUCUUAUAUUUCUUUACGUAUGGAGUAUAAUGUUUUUCUCGUCCCAAUGAGCUCUCGGGUGCUAGGCUCCAACCAGGUUAACAUCAUGUAUAAAGCUUGAUGCUUUGCAAAGAGCCUUUGAUUCACUACGAAGAGACUGUCGAGUUCCAUUCAAGUGAUUGUACCCAAA